AUGAGUGAAGAACACGGGGCUGAAUUUUCAUCUAAAGUCAGAAAAAAUCCUGAAAAAGCUGGACUUACGAAGACAUCAUCAUCAUCAAGAUUAUCAAUGUCCAGCAGGCAAUUGUCAUUAGAAUUCGGAUGUAACUCAAAAUCAAGCUUUGACUCAAAGCGUACCGAUUCCGUCGUCUGUCCGAAUCUCACCAAUAUUAUCCUUUCGAAUCAAGGAUUCGUUACAUCAAGGCCGAAUUCUAGUUUCGAAAAAAGACAGAUUCGUGACAAAUCAUAUUAUAAAGGAUUGCUUUACAGAAAAGGAUUUGAGAUAUCUUCCGUAACGAAAAGGCUUAUAAAAGAUAUUAACUUUAUGAAAAGCGAUCAGUCUGCUUACUUUUCGUACAAGAAAGCAGCCGAAAACAAGGCUUUGGAACUACAACGUCUGCAAGCAGCAUUGGCGGACUAUAAUUUAGUAAUUGAUACGGUUAAUUCCGAUUAUAAUCUGACUAGAAUUGAAGAAAAGUGCCAAGAACUGAAAAUGGAUAAUGAAAAACUACUGCAAGACGCUGAAACUUUAUUCGAGAAACGGAAAGAAAAGGAAGAAAUGGUGUCCAAACUUGAGGAGGAAAUAAAUCAAGACGAGUAUAUUUCAGAAAUUUUGAUGGCAUCUGGUGAUUCUCAUAAUCGCUACGAAUAUCUUCUGCGACUCGACAAAAAGCUUGCGUCAACUUUAAGAAAUUUUGAUACGGAACUAAUUCAGUUGGCGUUGGAACGCGCAAAGUUGGAAAAAGAGUGCGACUUUUCGGGCAGAAACGAAGCCAAGCAACUAUGUUACGCAUUGAAAGAAAGAGAGACAAAAAGGAAUAAUCUUGAGGAAUGCAUCAUUGAUAACAAGGAUUUCCAAAAGUUAAACCAAAUGAGGGAAGAAAUUGGUGAAUUGCUACAAUGCAUUCUAAAAGAAACGAUCUAUAUUAAAUCUCAAAUAACCCAAAAAGAAGCAGAACUAAUAGACAAGGAAGAAUUCGAUGGCAAACGAAAAGAGCGACAAGAAAAAGUUGAAAAACUAAAGAACCGAGAGAAAGAAAUGGACGAAUUCCUUUUAUUCUUUAACCAAAAUC